AAAGCUAUCGGACCGUGUGGUAUUAUAUAUGAAAUCCUCCUCGCGCUUGUCCGCGUGCGUUUUAUUUUGAAACCAACCUUGUAUGAUUUGUCCGAGCCCUGACCAACUUGACAGACAACCUUAUGUCAGCCCGACUCAACCUCCCGGUUCACUGUAGUCUUAUCUCACGCUGUAGGUUAUUUGACAAAGAAAGGGAAAUUGUGUGUGUGUGUUUUUUUUUUUGUUUUUUUUUCACUGUAACUGACAAACAUUUUAAACAUGACACUGUAAGUUAACGUUAGCGUUUUCUCAGCGCUUUAAGAGCGCGUGCAAGUGGGGUGAAAACGACCGUUAUUGGAAAAACAGUCGUCUGUUUUGCGUGUUGAAGGGCCCAGCAUGCCGAAGGAACACCCUUUCUUGGGCGAGCACAGUUUUUGUGCUACAUCCAGCAAGAAUGCCAAAAAUAAAAGCAACCGUAUGACUCUGCUGGCAAUGCGCGAUACCAAAGACGCAGAGCACUCCAGUGGGAGGGCCUCACGCUGCAGUUCAGAAAGAGACUCGGGCUACUCUGACGGGCAGCAGACGGAUGUGGAGGACCAGCGGAGCAACAAAAGCGAGUGCAGAGGCGACGAGCGCCCAGAAACCGCACAGUCGGGACAAAAUAAAGAUCUUCGGCACGGGGAUCCUGGAAAACCUACCCUGAUGCCAGCAGACCGCGAGCUCCCACCCAUCUACAUCAUCAAUAACAUUGUGAUCAAUCAGCCGGAAAGAGAUCGGCUGCCCCAGAGGAACGGAAGCAGGGAAAACAACAGUUCUGGCGCCGCCCACAUGAUCCUCUUCCAGCAGCCGAGCACGUUGCCGGCCACUCGUCAGCUCCACAAGCCCUCGUCCCGGAGCUCCAACAUCUCAGGCGAGAACACAAAGGGUACUUACCUGCCCAUUCUCAACUCCUACCCACGCAUUGCGCCACACCCCAGCAAGAAGCCGCCGGAUAAAUCGUCACCGAAUGACGAAUCGCAGAAUCUUAGCAAGAGAGUGUGCACAGAACACGAGGUUGAGAACACACCUGUGGCCAGGAGUCAACCUGAGCAGCGCCUUUAUGAGCAACCCAAAUUAGCAGCCUCAACCGCCAGGCCGCCGUGUUCCUCUCCAACCGCAGAUCGCCCGUCCACCUCCAGUCCCGCGACUGUCUCCUUGAGCCAAAGCCCCCCAUCCGGUUCCGCUCUGUACACCGCCACCUCCUCCGUCCUCAAAACCAGAGGACUUCACAGAAACGGCUCCACCAGAACUCGCCAACACCGUUUCCUCAACACGGUAGAGAUCCUGAGACAAUCGGGUCUGCUGGACAUAACACUGCGAACCAAGGAGCUGCUGCGGCAGAGCAACGCCACAGAGCGGGACAUUGCCCAGCUCCGCCAGCACACAGAGCUGCUGUGCCAGGCUGUGAGCAACCCCGGCUGCACCCGGAGCGAUAACGCAGCCUGGGAACAUGUAUACCGAGCGAUGGCCGAGUCUGGCAGCUACCCCGACAUAAAAAUCCUGCAAAAUGUUCAAAUUCCACGCGAUCCAGAUUCUGCCGGUCGACCGGCGCGUGUUUCCACAGGCGACGCCAAAGGGCCACGAGGUGCCGAGAGCUCCGAGGCGCCGUCGUCUCGCUGUCUCACUGCAAUACCUGACUUGGACUCGGCCAGGGAGCUCGUGGCCGGAGAUAAAUUGCCAGAGAAAGACACCUUCAUGCCUCCUGACAGUUCUACCGAUUAGCACAAUCUGCAGUGCCUUUUUAAAGGGAGCGCGAGUACUCAGGGCUAUUUUUGGGGAUUUUUACGUGUGGCUUUAAUGUGUUCAUCCCUGGUUAUUUAAACUUUAGUUUAUAGGGAUUGCGCAAAAUAUCUCUGCGGGUCAAAGGGAAACCAACAAUGAUUCGUACCUAUUCUCCAUGUUGCAGUACGUGUCUUUUUUUUCUUCUUCUUCUUCUUUUCUUCCGGUUGUCUUAACAUUUUCCAUCAGAUUUAAGUGUUUGACAUCUGAAAGUUGAUUUAAUUCUCUCAAGUGCAAUUCAGUAUACCACUGCAGAUUUUUAUAGAACCACUCAAAGAUGUGUAGAGGGCCUCUGCUUGUGAGGCACUUAAAGGAUUAUGUGACAAUAAUGUGCGUUUCCCCGGGAGGCAGAGCAAAUUGGCUUACACACACAGCUUGCAAUGCAGUAUAUAUAUUAUUACGCCUGUUGGUUGUUUCGCUCUCCCGUCAGAUCAACUUGAAUCAGUGAAAGGAGGAAUAAAUUCAGCUCUCGGUAGAUAAAUGUUGUGAAAAUGCUUUCUUAUAAGCUUCUGUACGUGAGCCAAAGAGAGAGAGAGAGAGAGAGAGACAGCAGUCCAAACAAGGUGAUAAACAACACUGGUGCCUUCAAACCGACGCAGCCGAUGCCAAAAGGCUCCCAGAGAAAUGUCACUUUCAGGAAACAUGGAGCGCUUUUCAGUGCUGCAGAGGAAAUCUCUCUGUAACGUCACACACUGCACUACACUGGACCGCCACAAGGAGGACUUCUAUCCAAAUAUUAUACAUACAACCAAGCCUUAAUAGCUCUUUUUUCCACUUGGUAUAUUUUUGCAUUACCGGUGCACAUCGUUGUCAUAUCAUGUUCAUUUUUACAAAUGCAGCACACAUCAUAUUCUAGUAGAAUAAUUCCACUCUGCAUCUCAAAGGUAAUCAGUCAUGUGGUUUCCUCUCAUGCAGCAGCUCUGUUGUCCGUCUUCACUUUGAUGACCACGUGCAACGUGCUAAGAGACGUGUUAAGGCAAAGAUGGAGUACAGUUUGCAUUGGGAGUUUGAGUAUGUGAUAAGUUAAUUAUUUGUCAUCUAUAUCUCAGACGUCACUGCCCAAGCAUUUCUGAAAAGUUUUUCCAGUGUAUUUUUCCAUAAAUUCAAGGUAUUUAAAUAAAGCAAUGUGAGGAAUGUA